AUGGCCUCAAUUCUCGGCUCUUUGGUACGUCUGAUUGUCAAAUCUCGGCCUUCAGAUGGUCGACAUGACGAGGAACUCGGGGGCCCCCACCCGCCUGGGAACGCCGGCGUGGCAUCAAGCACCACCAUGGAUCCUGCUGUUGAUGGUCGGUCCUCUUAUCACUUCGGAUCAUCAGGACGCCUGAGUCAGCGCAUGCCUGCGAGCGAUCCUCUGGCGACAUUUCGCCUGAUGAUGGGAAUCACAUCUUCUCCUUAUUUGGGGUUCAGUCAGCACAGCCGUCCGGCUCCAAACAUCGGUAUCUAUGCGCGGGUCGUCUACGCCGAACAGAAAGCGAAAGACAGCUUCAAGAUCUUUUCGCUAUUGAUCAACUGCUGCUACUUCCUUCAGAUCGUAGUCGCAGCGGCGCUGACGGCUAUGGGGGCCGCCAAUGCCGACAACAAGGCCAUCACUGCGUUCGGGGCCAUCAACACUAUAAUGGCUGGCUUGCUGACCUUCCUCAAAGGUUCAGGUUUGCCAGCCCGAUACAAGUACUACGGCAAUGAGUGGAAGAAAAUCAGGGAAUUCAUCGAAGCUAAAGAGCGAGAAUUCGCCCGCGAGGACUGCGUACUCAACGUAUAUGAAGUUGUCGACACCAUCCAACAAAUGUACGAAAACGUCAAGCAAGAAAUCGAGAUUAAUACGCCGGACAGCUACACUUCAAUCACCAACAACGCGCGCAUGACGCACGACGCUCAGGGGAAGAUCGGUGGUCUCAUUGUCUCAAAGCUUGACGGGUUGUCGAACAAGCUGCUCGACACCAAGGAUUCAACCCAGAAACUGGCAUCUGGUGCAGAGAAGCAUGCUCAUGGAAUUUUAGAUGAUCUGCAUCAGAGUGAGAAGAAGAUCGGCUCUCAGAUCCGGACGCUUGAAAGUUCGAUAUCAAAAGAGAUUGAGAGUUACAGUAACGAUAUAGAGCGCAAGGCGCAUGCAGUCAAGGAGGUUGGGCACAGCGCUGAACGGAAGGCCAAAGCAGUAAAGAAUAUAAGUAAAGAUGCCGUUGAAGGCACGGGCAGAGUCAUAGCCGGAGACACGGUUGUGCAUGGCGAUGACAAGAGGGAAUCAAACAAUCAUUGA